AUGACAAGUCUUGCUCUUAAGAGUCAUAUUACCACAACUUUGAUAAACAUGAAUUAUGGACAUUUUACACAGCUUCAAAAGAAUAAAUUUAGUUUAAAAUUAGGAAAUUCUAUUAAUAACAUUUUGAAGAAAAAAAAUUUGGAAGAACCAAAAGAACUGAAAGGAUCAGUUCUUGAACGAUGGAGAAUAUACUGGAAAAAUUUGUGUACAGAUUAUAAAGAAGCACUAUGUGACAGUGCCAAACAUUGUAAGAAACAUCCAAUAAGAACAUCCAUAUAUGUUUCUGUUUUAGCAUCCUGUGUAUACCUACACAGAUAUAAUCCAGAUGAAUCUUCCUUCAAAGAACUUUUAUUGCAAAAUACCAUGAAAAUAAUGCAAGUGGGAGAAGCUAUACGUAAUCCAAUAUCUGAAUAUCAUGUAAAGUGGUUAGGACAAUGUUACAAUGAGGGAAUUGUACGAUGCAUGAAUUUGGGUAUAAUUUCCUUAAUUUGGUUAGACAACUAUGAUGAAACAUGUUCUUUGUAUAAAGCUGUUUGUCCUUAUUUGAAAAUACAGUAUGCAACAUUCUAUGAAAGAGUGGUAGAUUUUGGAUUUUUAGGUAAAUGGUGGAUCAUAGAAAACAAAAUGAAAGAUUAUGAUGUAAAUGGAACAGAAUUUGCAAAUGUAACAAAUGAAUAA